UGGGGGCGUGGGGAGGGCCGGACCCGCCGCUGGCGGUGUAGACGCCGACGAGGAGGGGCUGGGAAAAUGCGCGCAGAGUCCGCCCGGGUCGUGCCCGCCGUAGACGGAUGAAGCCGCGCGCUGCGCCCCGGCGCUGAGGCCCGGAGGAUCGGGGGCGGCGGGUCGCCCUCUCCACCAUGAAGAAGACCCGGAGCACAACCUUGCGGCGCGCCUGGCCUAGCUCGGAUUUCUCGGACCGGGCCUCGGACCGCAUGAGGUCCCGCAGCGAAAAGGACUACCGCCUGCACAAGCGCUUCCCCGCGGCCUUCGCGCCCCAGGCUUCGCGGGGCUACAUGACAUCAGGUGAUGUAUCACCAAUCAGUAUGUCUCCCAUCAGUCAAUCUCAGUUUAUCCCACUUGGGGAAAUCCUUUGCUUGGCCAUUUCCGCAAUGAACUCGGCCAGAAAACCUGUCACCCAAGAAGCACUGAUGGAGCACCUGACCACCUGUUUCCCAGGUGUUCCCACCCCAAGCCAGGAAAUUCUCCGGCACACGCUGAACACGCUGGUCCGGGAGAGGAAGAUCUACCCGACUCCUGAUGGCUACUUCAUCGUCACCCCACAGACUUAUUUCAUAACUCCUUCCCUCAUAAGAACUAACAGUAAAUGGUACCAUCUGGAUGAGAGGAUACCUGACCGGUCUCAGUGUACCUCUCCCCAGCCGGGGACCCUCACGCCCUCUGCCUCAGGCUGCGUCAGGGAAAGAACGUUGCCCAGGAACCACUGCGACUCCUGCCACUGUUGCAGGGAAGACAUGCAUGGCAUGCACGCGGCCACCCUGCAGAGGAAGCCCGCCAAGGACUGCAAAGACCCUUACUGCCCUCCUUCCUUCUGCCAGGUGCCAGCCACUGAAAAGAGCAAAAGUACUGUCAACUUCUCCUACAAAACGGAAACCCUGUCCAAACCGAAGGACGGCGAAAAGCAGUCCAAGAAAUUCGGGCUCAAGUUAUUCCGGCUCAGCUUUAAGAAGGACAAGACCAAGCAGCUAGCCAACUUCUCCGCCCAGUUUCCUCCCGAAGAGUGGCCCCUGCGAGACGAGGACACGCCGACCACCAUCCCUCGGGAGGUGGAGAUGGAGAUCAUCAGGCGUAUUAACCCGGACUUGACCGUGGAAAACGUCAUGCGGCACACUGCGCUGAUGAAGAAACUUGAAGAAGAGAAGGCGCACCGGAGUAAAGCCGGGUCCUCCGCCCAUCACAGCGGAAGAAGUAAAAAGAGCCGGACUCACCGCAAGUCCCACGGAAAGUCUCGGUCGCACAGCAAGACGCGAGUGUCCAAGGGAGACCCAUCCGAUGGUUCCCAUCUGGAUAUCCCGGGUGACAGGGAGUAUGAUUUUUGCGACCCUCUUACCAGGGCCCCCCGGGAGGGCUGCUUCAUCAUUGAACACAAAGGGGAUAACUUCAUCAUGCAUAGCAACCCGAACGUGAUCGAGUCUCAUUUCCCCAUGACCCCGGAAUGGGACGUGUCUGGAGAACUGGCCAAAAGGAGGACUGAGAUGCCUUUUCCUGAACCUUCCAGGGGAAGCUCCCACUCGAAAGUGCACCGAAGCCACAGCCAUACCCAGGACCGAAGGUCCAGGAACGAGAGAUCCAACAAGGCCAAGGAGAGGUCCAGAUCGAUGGAUAACUCCAAAGGCCCUCUGGGUGCUUCUUCUCUGGGGACGCCUGAAGACCUGGCCGAAGGCUGUAGCCAAGAUGACCAGACCCCCAGCCAAUCCUACAUUGACGACAGUACUUUAAGGCCUGCACAGACUGUCGGUCAUCAAAGGGCUCACGUUUCCUCCGCAAGCUAUAAAGAGGUGUGUAUUCCAGAAAUAGUCAGUGGCAGCAAGGAACCGCCCAGCGCUUGUAGCCUCUUGGAGCCAGGCAAAGCGCCCGAGAGUUUGCCAUCCUUCGGUGAACUCAACUCUUGUCCAACAAAGACGGCUGCAGAUGACUAUUUCCAGUGCAACACCUCCAGCGAGACAGUGCUCACGGCGCCGUCACCUCUGGGAAAGAACAAAGAGGACCAUGACACUCUGACCCUGGCGGAAGGAGUGAAAAAGCUGCCGCUGUCGGACAGGCAGGCCCCUCAUUCCUCCAGGGAGCCUGCAGGGCACAAGGAGGAGUCGCCAAAGGGGCCGGGCGGGGGCCCAGUCACUCCAGGCGCCGUAGUCGAAGGCCUUGCCAACGGACGCCUCAUCCAGCAUCACGGCGCCGAGCCCAGCACCCUGGACAAGAGGAAAGAGAUAUUCAGCAAAGACACACUGUUCAAACCUCUUCACAGCACCUUGUCUGUAAACAGCUAUCACAAAUCAACCCUGUCCCUCCUCAAAUCACACCCGAAGACCCCUGCCGACACACUGCCAGGCCGAUGCGAGAAACCAGAGCCGUCCCUGGGGACCUCGGCCGCCCCCACCCUGCCGGCUUCCCAGCGUCAGCCGGAGUCCGUGGGGAACCAGGAGGCCUCUUUCGACUAUUACAACGUGUCUGAUGACGAUGAGUCUGAGGAAGGGGCCAACAAGAACGCGGAGGAGGAGAAAAACAGAGACGAUGUAGGGACCAUGCAGUGGCUCCUGGAGAGGGAGAAGGAAAGAGACUUGCAGAGGAAAUUUGAGAAGAACCUCACCCUGCUCGCCCCAAAGGAAGCCGACAGUAGCAGCAACCAGAGGGCCACCCACUCGGCACGUCUAGACAGCAUGGACAGCAGCAGCAUCACGGUGGAUAGUGGAUUCAACUCCCCACGCACUCGGGAGAGCCUGGCUUCCAACACAUCAAGCAUUGUUGAAAGUAACCGUCGUCAGAACCCUACCUGGAGCCCGGCCCACGGUGGAGCUGGCCCGGCCUUCAGUUUCCGAGCAAGUACGGACCCCCCCACCAACGAAGCUGAGAAAUUACAGAAACCUUCCAACUGCUUGCAAGCUUCUGUUACUAGUGUGUGAUAGUCAUCCUGCCUCCGAUCUCCCGUCUCAUUUGAUACAGCCAAGUUUACGACACUGUGGCUGGUGUUUACAUCUUUGGAAAGACAAGCAUCUCAACGGCAGUUUUUGUGUUGACUUAAACUGUGCUGCUAAGUAGGCUAGGGCAAAAAACAACAACCGAAAAAUCUUUAUUUCAGAGUAUUGCUUUUCACAUUUAUGGCUCUGUAGCAACAAGAAUAGCAGUAGGGUGAUAUGUACACUUUUGCUUCACUAAUUGUAACUGAGCACACAUAUGGAAGUCUAGACACUGUAAGUGUAAUAUGCAUUUUCGAUGUCUUGCAGUUGCCAAGUCCAUUCUAAAAUGCCACAGAUGCGUGUUGCUCCCAGUCUGUGACCAGAUGGUGCCACAGAACUGAUCCUUGACACUUCCAAAAGAAAAAAAAAAAAAAGAUAACUAAGCCACCACAAAAUGUCAAAUGCAAGGGUCUACCUUGAGGGAAAUUGAUGCGAAAAUGACUAAAAGGGACCCCAGCCCUUUGUGUGUGAAUCAUUGAGGCCCCAGUCAUUUUGCACUGUGAGUUUUUUUGACACGAUUUUGUAUAGGAGCCCACGGAAGUGUGUCAGAAGGGGUCGUGAUCCAAAUACUGGGAGUGUUUGUUUUCGGGAUUUUGUUUUUUAAGUGUCACAGAUGCUUGUCUGAUAUGUUUAACCUUCCAUCAUCACAAACAGGAAUAUAGGCCUUUGAUUCUGAAAUGGACAAAGAAAGGGUCCCCCAGCCUGGCUGGGGCACAGCGCUGAGCAAUGGGAGAGGUAAUGUGGACUUUUAAAAAGGUGUUCAUCAGAUAGUGAAGGAAGAGCAUUUCUUCCUUGUGAGACUUAAGGGUGAUGCUAUCUUACUAUCAGAGAUAAAUGGUAAUUAGUUUGUUUAAAAGCAAAAUGUUCUUUGUGAUACAAAUGAAGACUAUGGCCUGGGGACGUUAUUCUUUCUAAUGGAAGGACAUAAAUCUAUUUUAUGUAGUUUUAAAUAGAAUGCCUAAAUUAGGCUGUGGGAGAUAAUUUUUAGUGGUUAUAGGAAAGAGCAAAUUUAGGGAGAGUUGAACUUCAGGCCUUUUAUUCCUGGGAAGAUAUCUAUAGAGAAAACUUUAAAAUACUUUUUCAUUAGAAAUAUACAUGUGCCCAUGUAAUUAACAACAGAAUGUGAUCAUUCUGCAAGUGUGGUGGAACCCUAACUGUACACCCCCAAAUUUAUCAGAAUAACAAUUAUGCACACAUGAACUAUGCCAGAGUAAUGUUUACAGAUACUUUGUAACCAAUUUCAGGAGGCAUUUUUAGGUGGAUGUAUAGUAUAGUUUUUAGCCCAACUUAUUUCAGGAUGGUUUGUUAAUUACAUUUUGCUUUGGUUUACAAUGUCAUGAUGACUACAGAGAAGGUUCUCAGCAACAAAGGGAUUACAAAUAAUCAAGAUUCAGUUCUCUAGGGAAGAGAUGUCUCAAAAGUUCCCAUGUCUCAUUUUAGGAGAACCAUGGAAUAAAUCUGUAGAUAAUGGAAAUUUAUUCACAAAAGGAUUUCAUUUGAUACCAGUAAAUGGUCUGACCAAAAGUUUUAUUUAGCUGAGUGGCAUGUGAUGUUUGGAGCCAUAUACCACAAAAUAAAUACCCCAAAAUAAAUCUAAAAUAUUUUCACCUCGGAUUUCAGGAAUUGGCAUAAAUUGGCGAAACACUCCUGCUUCAGUAUUAGGUUGAGUCACUAGCCAUCUGUUUAAAGAGUAGAGUCUUUAAAUAGACACAGUUGGGCUGUUUCUUGAAACAUUUAGAGACUCUCUCAUGCUUUUUCAGAUAGCUGGAAGUUUCGUUGGGUCAAACUGGACUCGUCAAGUUUAGUAUAGUUUCCUUUCUUUGUGCUUAUAGUGAAACGUGAGCACGUUUCUUGGCAAACUCCCACACCUUUAAAAUGCUUCUGUCGUUGGCUUUCAAUCUCCUGCUUAAUUUCCUCCAAGGCAUGCCUUGAUUGCUCAGAAAUGCACUCUUGUCUCACUGCUUAAAUUUGUCCAGAAGGAAUGAUGACGUAUCCAAUAGACUAUACACAGAGUCUGUGUCCUUGGGGAGUUGUAUACCACACAGUUACUAAAUUCUUCUGUCUAAAUUCUCUUUUUCUCACCCCUAAACCUACCCUCCAGCGUGAAUCAUACAAUCAGUUCAUAAAUAAUAGAACCAUUGAAACAAUACAUCAGCCUCUAGUUGAUCCUCCUAAAGUAGCCGUUAGAAUAAUCAAAUACUGUGUGAACAGGAAAGAAAAGCAUUACCUUUAAAGAGAAGCUUUAAAAUAUGAAUUUAUCAAUAUUUCACAAGAAAUAGGUUUACAGAAGACAUUUGAAUAAAAUGUGUACACUCUUUGCCCGAUGCUAUGGGGUACAUGAUUUAGGGAAGAAAAAAAAAAACAAACUCCCUUAGACCAGCAGCCAUUAGCAUAGAAACGAUGGACUUCAAGGAGGAUAUGGUGUGAGCAGACGUUCCAUGCAGAUACAUUCCCGUCUGAAUCGAAUUGGGAUGCCUGAAUGAAUGGGGGAGAAGAGGGAGCUGGAAGCACGUUACGAGUGUGACCCCAGAUGGUCUGCAGUGAUGUUCUCAGUAACCCGCUCCAAGCUUUGCCAGCUUCCUUUUCCUCCGGUGAAACGAUCGCUUUGUGGCCACGGCUGCUUACCUAGACUUCACUUAGAGUUUAUCAACUGAAAGGUUUACAAAACUGAAUCUGGUUGAAUCUCUGUGUAGUGAGUGUUCAACUUUAAAGGGUCAACCCAUCUGUCGGCAUUUUGCACACUUAUGUAUUAUUAUGAUACAGCAUAUUACUUUAUGGUAAUUUUUAUUUUUACAUAUAACUACCUCCAUAAAUUUGAUGAAGCGGCCGCAGUGCGUUCAAGUGUAUUGUUCGGAAAAGCAAAGUUGACAACGUUCUUAAUCAUUAGGCCAUGGCAUUCUCUGUGUGUGUCAGUGGUUGCCUAUGUGGACUUGUGACUGUCUCAUUGCCAUGGUUUUUCUUUGAUGGCAUUAUCUCACUCUCAGCUGUAAACCCGUCUCUCUUCUUUCCCACAGAAAGCACUUGAUUUUGUUAUGAAUGAAAAGUUUAAAUUUCUUGUCUCCCCCGCCCCUGCCCCCACCUCAUUCCUGCUAAGAGCUCUCUCUGGCCAAGAGCCAGUUGGUAAACAUAAUUUAGCAAGCUAUUUACUCCUAUGAAAAUCUGAUUUGAAUUUUAGGUUUUCGGCCAUAAGACACACCAGGAAUUUGGACUGUCGACUUUGAAGCACUUUGGGCCUCUCUGCCUUCACUUGCAUGCCACCGUGUCGAGCCCAGACUUCAUUGGGAUUAAAAGAGCUGUGCUUUUUUAUCCGCAACUUCCGUUCCAUAAUUCGUAUUUCAUUUUAUAUAUUUUGCACAUCUCAGGGGACCUUCAUAAGCAUAUGAAAGGGGGGGUGCCAUCAAAUAGAGGAAACGGAAAAAACUGAAAGAGGACUCGCUGGUGAAAGUAAUAAAUGACUGCUUCUCUGAUGUUGUGAAGUUCAAGUUCAGGAAGCAUCCAGUGAAAGUUAAUCUGGAAUCACAACGAUCUGAACACCAGCUGUUCCUCAGUCUCCCUUUUUCAUAAUCCAACCAGCAUUUCUAAAAUGUAAGUUUAAAUUAUAUUGCAGUCACUAUGGGGAGGAAAAAAAAAAAAAAGAAACCUGUUCAGCAGCAAUGAAAAGCAUGUUUGUUUUUUAGGUUGGCACAGCUUUGUAAAAUUCUACCCAGGACAAACCACUUAUCACCACAAAGUGUACUUGAAAAUAAAGUUUCUAACUUAAAUGAUAGGCGUAUUGCUCACCAUACAGUAGUGAUCUUGAUUUGAAAAGCCUCACAAUUUAUAACAUGGGCAGUGCUUGGAGCUUGAUUAAAAACCAACAACCUGUGAGCACUUCGCACAUUCAUUUGGGGAUCUCAAAGUGCUUCCAAAGCAUUCGGAUUCACAGUUCACAACGCAGGUCCUAUCUGUAAUACCCGUACUUGAACAAACAGGAGUGACAUAAGAUUACCCAGAAACACAGUGGCAGCUAUCAGUGAUCUAUUUUCUAUCUGUUUGAUAGACCUUCAUGAGAAAUCACGAAAUACAAUGCUAUUUUUCUGAUGUGUGCUAAUAAAGUCAAAGAAAACAAAUACAACUUGACACCUUUGUCCAUUUUCAUUCAAAAAGUUCAGGGUGUUGGGAAUUUGACAAAAAACAAAGCCGCCCAGAUGCCCUUGGGGUCCGAAGUAGAUCUGGAUUGCACACGAUUGUUUACAGUUUCCUAUUGGGCUUCUCUAAAUCCCGUGCUAAAAUACCAUCUUUCAGGAACAUGACUGCCCCUGGCAGUGGGAGGUGCUGACACAGAAACUUUCACUAAAAAAAAACUUUUAUCGAGUCCUCUCCACAGUGCAUCUCAGCACAACUGAAAUUCAGUAUACUGAGCCCUAAUCCGAAGAAUCCGGAGUUGCCAGGGAAGCUGAUCUAGUUCCAAGUGGGUGUUUUUUUUUUUUUUUUUUAAUCUCAAAUUAGGAGAUAAAAGAUCCUGGUCGAGGACCUUCUCCGUUUAUCACAGGCCAGUCACAGAACCAGCUCGCAGUGCGCCGUUGGGCGACAGUGGUCCCCGCGGAAGUGAUCCUUUCCUUCCCCGCUCCGACUCUCCACCACCCACCCCAGGUCUCUUAUCACCCCACCAUCCUCAAAUUUCUGCACACACUGGGCUUGAGGAAGCUAGGACACAGGAAAAACAGAGGCAAAAGCCAUGGAAGACAUUGCUUUGCUCUGGGUUAGUAAAAUACGGACAGGAAAGAGAUUAUCAUCAGCCUGAUCUUUGCCAAGUAAGAUAAAGGAAUCAGCCAUCAUUCUGUCAACUCUCCCAGAAGGUUUUACAGUAUUCCGGAUACAUCCAAUCUUUUCCCAUAGAUUUCUUUUAUUCGGGAGAGGUUUCAUGAAUUAGAUCUAUGAGAAAACGCAUUACUUUAUUUCCUGGGGUGUUAGAAAUAGACACUGGUGUCUCCCCGAUGGAGUUCAUCUCUGCGGCUUUUACAGCACCAUCCCAGCCAUGGCUCCUCUCACGCUAGACUGUGUUUUUACAGUUGUUCUAGGACUUAGAGUGGCUGGUUUGCAAGGUUCAGAAUUCUACAAGGCUCGAGGGGGACUAAACCUUCUUCUGAUGAUUGUAUAUUACCAGUUACAGGGCUUUCUUUGCUCCUUGCUGUCCUCAAACGUGAACAUACGCACACACACGCCCUGCCAGUGAGGAAAGGGAUGGGUUCCCAGGUGAGGUGGCCAUGACCCUGGAAGCCAGGGUAAAGCUAGAAGCUUGUUUGGUCCACAUACAGCUGGCUCCUUCCUUGCCCAGAGCCUGGUUUUGACAUGCCUGUUCCCUUGUGCCCCGCCUCCCAAAAGAGGUACCAAACCUGAGAUCUGAGGUCUCCAGCGCGAAUCCUCUGCAGUUAUACAGAAUCCAUCCUGGCGUAUACACACACAGCUCCUCACCUGCCUUUCCUCCCGGUCCACCCUCCCUGCCUCCUCCCCACUUAGAUCCUGAUACACCUCCAGGGUUUCCACAUCGGAAGGGCAAAGCAGUGUGUGGUACUGCGCGUACAAGGAUGGGUUAGGCAUAGAGCUGCCCUAGGGUCAGCUUCAUGUAAGUAUUGACAGCUACAAAUUAAGGUCCUUAGAGUAGUUGACAUAGAUACAACUGUCUAGAGGAGAAUUAAAUUUCAACGUUCAGUUUAAAGGGAUCACAAUUCUGCAGGUAUCUUUCUCCGAGUGACUGAAUGUGACUAUUGCAUUAGGAUAAAUGAAUUAAGAAGUGCAAGUGGGAUUUACUGUAUGUUAGAAAGGAAUUUUGCAGCCAAGACUGCCUUGAAUAAAAUGUGUUUGCACUGAAAAAAAAUUUUAAAUUACUUGGUCUCUGGUUGCUGUAAAGGUCAUCCAAGAUGGAUGUUCUGUUUAUAUUGUAUAGUAUUUCAUAUGAAAUAAUUACAGUUCAUGAAAUGUCUUCCCUAAUGUUACUGAUUUAUAACAGCACAUUUGUAACAUGGUUUUUAUCGUGUCAGUGUACCAUAUUGUAAAUGAUGAUUACUUGUCAUGCUUAGUAUAAUAACUUAAAAGAAAAAAAAGCACAGGGAUUUUUGUAAGUCUAUAUUUGAAAGUCCCUCCAUAUGGUAAUAUUGUGUUCAUGUUGUUUAUGUAGUGUUGUGUGAAAAUAUCCAUUUUGGAUUGUGUUACUUUUUAAG